AUUUUUCUCUGCGAUUUGAGCGCCUUUUCGGGAAAACCAUUGUCCUCAAUUCCCGCCCCUUGCUGCCUCAAAAACGGCCCACUUCCGCUUUGAGGCAAUGCCCCUGAGCGUUCAAUGCUCCAUUCCACCGGCCAUGGCGGGAAACCCGAACCCAUUGAUCUGUGUAGCGACGGGAACUGAUGCUCUUUGCCACUAGCACUAUGUAAAUACCUACCUGGGACAACGUUUCUAUAACGAGUUUCAAUAAGAGACACGAUAUUAAUGGAAUUAUGUUCUUGUCCUGUUCCUCUAUUCCAAGGUAAAAACAGCAACCAAAAACACCCAUUCUCACUUCGCCUCAUCCAAGAACCCAAUCAAUGGGCAGUUUCGUCAUGGCCCCUACUGGUCCCUUCAGACUUGUCACGGUCAACACGGCGCCAGAGCGUGCCAAGAGACUGAUCGGCCGCGUCGUUGAGGACGUCAAGGAGCAGUACACCAUCGUACACGCUGCCAAUGCCGCAAGUAUAGAUGAGGUGCGCAAGACAGUGGAGGAGGCGCAGCCCAAUGUUCUGUUUACCGCAUCCAUGUGGACGCCCGAGGAGGCCAAACAGAUCAUUGCCAUCGCCAAGGAGGUCGUAUCCGACCUGAAAACCUUCUCUCUGCCGCAGGGCAUGCAGGUGGAAAAGGGGCCCGACGCCGUGGUUGAGUACAUCAAGGAGAAUCUGCCUGCGUUGCUGGGUUAGGCCGUCAUUCAAUCCAGGUCGCCGGUGGAAUUGCAAUCUCACUCGAGAUGACGUUGAAGACUUCUAUUAGAGUUCAUAGCUCGGCGUCACGUCUAGAGAAAGGCAUCGUCUGGAUAUACUCGGCAAAUAAGCGAU